AUGGUCUUAACUAUUUUAGACAGAACUGAACCAGUGGUAGUGGUUGCAGCUGCUGAGGAUGAUACACCAGUAUCACCUCCACCACCGAUGAGCCUAAAAGAACGCCGUGGAUCCCGAGGCUCUCCAUGUGCAAAUCUUCCGCCAUUAAUGUUGCCACCGACGACACCUGAACCUUCACCGGGUCAUUUAUCGCCGAGUCGGAUUUCACCACAACGACCAAAAGAACCAUUAUCUGCACCUGCGAUUGGACAUCCCCCAAGACGAACUCGAACCAGAUCAGAAAUGCCAUCACAACCUCCACCGCGUUCUCCAGAAACACCAAGGCCAGCGUCUGUUUCGCCAAAACAUACUUUUGCUUUUAAAAUUGUUCUGAAGAAAGUAGAAAGCACUCCGAAUACUUCAUUCGAUAUACCAGAACAAUGA